CCACCAUUUACUAUAGCCACUCACCCAUUUUUUAUUCUCCCACUGAAUAUGCAGCAAUAAACGAUUCUUGGAAAUAGUCAAUAUAUUAUUGGAAGAAUCAAUUUUUAAUGUAAGAGAUAUUUAGGUGUCCAUGUUUCUAUAAAAACCAGAGAGCUAAGCUAAUAAUAUUACUAGCGUUCAAGGAGAGAGGAGAGCUUUAGAGAAAGUAGUGAAGAUGCUUCUGGAUAAGCUAUGGGAUGACAGCUUCGGAGGUCCCCACCCUGAACGUGGUCUUGGCAAGCUCAGGAAGAUCACCACUCGGCCCUCGAACGUCAAAGAUGGUGAAGGGGAGUCGAGCAAGUUCCAGAGGUCUCUGUCAAUGCCGUCAGGUUCAACAACGCCGACGACUCCAGUGACACCAACGACACCGGCGACGGCCCGUAAGGAGAACGUGUGGAGGAGCGUGUUCCACCCAGGUAGCAACCUUGCCACUAAGGGUAUUGGUGCUCAGAUGUUUGACAAGCCCGUUCAUCCCAACUCGCCCACUGUUUAUGACUGCGACCAAACAAGGGCUAGGAGGAGGGAGGAAAACGUGGCAGUCUGCCUGAUGAGCGCGUUGAAAUAGAUCUUUUCAGAUGUACAGUGGGGAGACAAGGAGCAAGAACCAUCACUGAGGUGAUGAUGUGGAUGGGGAUGGGUUGCCUACUUAUGUAAAUACGAUCUUUUUUUUAAUUUUUGGGUUUCUACAAGUGGUGAUGUUAUUUCAAGGGUAAUGUUAAUGUGUAACGUGUCCUACGUAGACUGAGGGAGCUGACCGAGGGAUGUAUGGAGUAGUAGAAUAACGGGGACAUGUAUGAUGUUGAUAAUGUGAUGUGGGGUUUUGAUGAGCUGUUUUACUUUGUUGUUAGCAAAAUAAAAUAAUUUGCAUCUGUGAA